UUGUCCGAGACGUAUCCGGGCGAGAUUGACUUUAGUCGAGAGCGAUCACGUUUUUUUCGAAGAAGUUUCAGCGGGAAAGGUCCAAUCGACGAUUUCCUGGUGAAAUAAAUAUUGAAUUGCGGUGUCCGAUCGACGCGAAAAAUUCGCUCGAAUAUUAAUAAUAAUUGAGUGGAAAUCAAUGAGGGAAGAUGGCAGGAUAUGUCAAUCUUGGUGCAUCCUUUAUUGUCCUCGUCUUGGUGGUCCACCUGGAACAGCUGAUCCUGCACAAACGAGCGGCGGUUGUCGAGGGAAGAAUGGAAGCUCAGUUCAAGAAGUGUUGCGAUCUGGGCACUUCUUGGGCCCAGGAGGGCCUUAGGUGCGAGAAGUUUACCGGGCCGGUGGCCGGAGUGCCGAGGGUGGAGCAGGGCCUCUGCCUGGAAGCCGUAGACAUCUGUUGCAUUCGAGCCUACCACGAGCUGGAAUGUGAGAGGGGAAAAGCCGACGCGCGUCAAGGUCUCGCGUGCGUAACAAGUACGAGCGCCAAGUCGAGGACGUCCUCCGGCCGCGGCGAUCAUCAUCGCGACUGUUGCGAGGGCUGCAAGCUAGGUAUCCUCGCGGGAUCUAUGGGUCAAGGAUGCUCCUUCAAGAGUUUCUCCUUUGGUAUACCAUGGGAUCCCGCAUUCUUAGAAUGCUGUCGUGAAGCGUCGCCGAGCUCGACGACGGAUCUUACGAGUGAAUCAUCGAGCGGAAGCACGGAAACAGAUCUCGAUUUCUCGUCAUCGUCAUCAUCACCAUCGUCGCCAUCACCGUCAUCGCCGUCAUCAUCGUCAUCGCCGUCAUCGUCGUAUUCGACGUCGCCAUCGCCGUCAUCACCGUUAUCGCCGUCAUUGUCAUCUUCUUCAUCAACAUCGCCUUCAUUCUCAUUGUCGGAUGAUGCAUCAGCUACGUUGUCGGAAACCACAUAUUCGAUCCCAACUCCAGAGUUGGAUGAUAUCUGUCGUCUCAUGAAAGGCAUGCUCUGCACUGACAUUUGCGUACCGACGCCGGGCUCGUAUUAUUGCAAAUGCCGUGACGGCUUCACUUUGUUGGAGGACGGGAAGACUUGCAGGAAAGAUCUGCCGACUGACAGAUGCAAAUCGACUCACCCCUGCGAACAACGAUGCACCGACAAUGGGGUGGCUGUCAUAUGCAGCUGUAAUCCAGGAUACGAUUUGGCUAAUGACGGACGUUCGUGUAUUCCAAAGUCUCCCAAGGAUAAUAAGAAAGCAGACGUAGACGAGGAUAACGAAUUAUCGCCGUUGUGUCCAUCGGGUUACCGUUAUAAUGCCACUAAUCAGGUGUGCGACGACCUGGACGAGUGUCUGGAGCGCGACGUGUGUCUUGGCGGUAGAUGCCAAAACACCAUAGGAUCAUACGUCUGCAUCACGGCGAGAUCUGUCAAAAAUGCACCCUACGAAUCUUGUCCUCCGGGAUAUCAAUGGGAGCUACGUAUAGGUGUAUGCGUAGAUAUCGACGAGUGCACCGUCUUAUCGGACGCUUGUGCCGCCGAUAAGCCGUUUUGCGUCAACACGCAGGGUAGCUACACGUGUCUGGAGAUGACCGGAGUGAAAUCUUGCCCCGCGGGAUUCAAGUUUGACAGAUCGUUGCAGCAAUGCAAAGAUGUGGACGAGUGCGCGGAGACUAUUCACAGCUGUCUGGCAGAUGUUGAGCAAUGUCGAAACACCGAGGGUGCUUACGAGUGCGACAUAAAGUGCGAGGAAGGAUUCACGUACAGUAUCGGGCUGGGUGCUUGUGUCGACAUAGACGAAUGCAUCGAGUCGCACAAUCCUUGUCCUGAUCCCAGCACAAUAUGCAUUAAUACAGAGGGUGCGUAUAAGUGUAUGAAAUCUCUCUCUUUGGCGAAUCUACCUCCGCUUCCGCCAAUCGAGAAAAAUCUCACAAAGGAUCUUGCCGCUCACCAAAAGGAUUUGACCACGCGACGAACUUGUUCCGCGGGAUAUAAACCAGCAAACGAUUCCGAAAUGACGUGCAUCGAUGUCGACGAGUGCAGCGAACAAUUACAUUCUUGCGAGCACGACGAGAGCUGCAUUAACGAGCUCGGUAGUUACAGAUGCGUACCAGUUGAAAAUAGCAAUACAUCCAUUAAGGAGAGUGAUGACAAUCAACGCGAUGAUCGACAUAGCCAGGGAUACAAGUCAGAAGAAAUGAGCGUUGCUUCGCCGGUGAACGAGAUUGAAAACUGUGGCAGCGGCUACUUUGUCGACGGAAAAUCUCGCCGCUGCAUCGACGUCGAUGAAUGCGUCAACGGGAUAGCGGCGUGUGGAUUAGGCGAACGCUGCAUCAACACUCAGGGCGGUUACCGAUGUUCUCCGGCUUGUCCAUCUGGUUUCCGGGUGCGCAAUCAUUCUCAAUUUUCCGUCGAAAACGAGAUCGAAAAGUCUUGCGAGGACGUGGACGAAUGCAAGCUCGGCCUGCACACCUGCAACACGUUGACUCAUUAUUGUCUUAAUACGAACGGCUCCUAUAUUUGCGAAGCGUUCACCACCACCACCACCACCAGCACUACUACUACCAAGCCUACCACGGUCAAUAGCAUAAUAACAAGGAGACCGUACAUCGGUUCACACUACAAAAAAGUCCAUAUGUCCAGAAGUAGUCUCAGCACAGAUCGUUAUUGGUCCACGGAACCGUGUAGAUUGGGAUAUAAAAGAGAUGCGAACACGGGCUAUUGCGUGGACAUAGACGAAUGCGCGGUUGGUCCAGGAUGUCGUGAUCAUGAGAGAUGCACGAAUACGCCAGGAGGCUACGAUUGCUCGCCCCUCUGCAGCGCCGGCUGGUAUUUUAGUACAACAACGAGGGGCUGUCAGGACGUGGACGAGUGUCUGUUAGGUCGACACGAUUGUCCUCAGAGCACGCACAGAUGCGUCAACACCAACGGAUCCUUCAUCUGCGAAUUGAUACCGCCCUGCGGCCGCGGCUUCAGACGAGCCUUCAAUGGCACCUGUUUGGACGUCGACGAGUGCUCCGAGAACCUGCACAACUGUCGGCUUGAUUUGCAUCAGUACUGCAUUAACAAAGAAGGCGGUUUCGAGUGUUUAACCAGGCUGCCCUCCUGUCCCUCCGGAUACCAAUAUUCUUUGGGCAGUCGACAAUGCGAGGACAUCGACGAAUGCUUGACCGGGCAGUACAAUUGUGAUGCAAAGUUCUCCGAGAGAUGUGUCAAUCUGCCGGGUUCAUAUAGGUGCGAAAGAUCUCCUCCUCCUCGUCAACGUCAACGACCCGCUUGUCCUUCCGGCUAUCGAUAUCAUACUCACUUUCGCAUGUGCAAAGACGUGGAUGAGUGCGCAGAGGGAUUAGACUCGUGCGGCGACGAAAUCUGUUACAACCAACCGGGUGGUUACAGCUGCGCGAAGCCGCCUGUCCCCGUCACCAGGAAACCGACCACGGCUGCGAUGCCGGCGCCGGCGAACCAAAAGUGUAUGGACGGCACCAAGUUCGUGAGAAAUCGCGGCUGCGUCGACAUCAACGAGUGCAGGGAGCUCGAGGAUGCUUGCAGCAGCAACGAAGAAUGCGUCAAUACCAUGGGCAGCUAUCUAUGCACCUGCAAGACCGGUUUCAGGCGUGACAAUCUCACGCAGGCUUGCGUCGACAUUAACGAGUGUCAGUUGCAGGAGAACGACUGUCUGCCGACGCAGCGAUGCGACAACACGAUCGGCAGCUACACGUGCACGCGUUUCCUGCCAUGUGGCACCGGCUAUACCUUGAACGCCGCGACCGAGAUCUGCGAAGAUGAUGACGAAUGCGUUCUUGGUACCCACGAUUGCGCACCUGGUUAUCAAUGCAGGAACACCCUGGGCUCAUAUCGCUGCGAUCGUAUUCCGCGUACAUCAACUCCGCAGGCACGCAUACCGACUCCGCAGACGCGCACAUCGCCGAUGACGACGGCGCGGAUCACUUCGACGACGACGCCAAACACGACUGGUACUUGGACGAAUUGUCCGCGCGGCUUCGAGCCCGGUUCAGGUGGCAAGUGUGUGGACAUAGAUGAGUGCCAGGCAACGCCGAAUCCUUGCGGCAGAUUGAUGCAAAUGUGCAUCAACACUUUGGGAUCCUAUAGAUGCACGUCCAGAGUAAUUUGCGGACCCGGUUAUACCCUGGACCCCGUGUCUGGGCAAUAUUGCAUCGAUGUGGACGAAUGUCGGGAGGGAACGCACGAGUGCGGCAAAGGACAAACCUGCGCGAACAGACAGGGUGGUUACCACUGCAUCUGUCCGUCAGGUCACGCGCCUGGGCCCAACAACGACUGCGUCGACAUCGAUGAGUGUAGCAUUUACGGUAGCGGAAUUUGCGGAUCGAACAGUCGCUGUGAGAAUACCGUUGGCUCUUACAAGUGCUUAUGCGACGAGGGCUUUGAAAACGUCGGGGGUGCUGCUGGUGCUUGCAAAGAUAUCGACGAAUGUCAGCGAACAGCAGGGCUCUGUCAGCACGUAUGCAUGAACGUUUGGGGCAGCUAUAGAUGCGGAUGCGAAGCAGGAUUCAGACUAAAUGCCGACAAUCGAACCUGCAACGACAUUGACGAGUGCACGGAGUUCAAGGACGACAAUCUUUGCAUCGGCAUCUGCGAAAACACGCCGGGUAGUUACGCGUGCAAAUGUCCAGAUGGAUAUAGACUUGGCAUCGAUGGUCGAGCUUGCCAGGAUAUCGACGAGUGCGCGACCGGUCAGAUCUGCAAGGAACCGGACGAGAUGUGCCAGAACACGCGCGGUAGCUUCCGUUGCAAUCGAAUAAACUGUCCUUCGGGAUAUCAGCGGGACCCCACGAGGAAAAACCGUUGCGUACGCUCCUCAAGAUAUUGUCGUGUAAACGACCUGGCUUGCCUUCGGUCACCCUCGCAUUAUUCCUACAACUUCAUCACCUUCGUGAGCAUGCUUCCGAUCCCGUCGACCGGUCGAUUGGAGCUAUUCACCAUGAGAGGAAGCUAUCAGCCCGAUUCGACGGUACAAUUCACCAUGGCGUUGGUGGACGUGCGUGCACCGCCAGGUAUCACGCGCGCCACGGAAUCCUGUUUCUCCCUGAAGAGACCGGCGCCGUCUCAGGCGGUUCUGGUGCUGACGCGCAGCAUCCCCGGGCCGCAGGAGAUCGAGCUGGAUCUCACUAUGGAGAUCUAUCACAAUGCCGUGUUCAUGGGGAGCGCCGUUGCCAAGAUCUUCAUCUUAGUCUCGCAAUACGAAUUCUGAGAGAAGAUUAUUUGAAUAAGAGUAAUUAGUGGAAAGAGUACAGAUUAAUAGAGAGAUAGGAGAUGAUCGUAGAAAAAAAUGAUGUAAUUGAUUUUUAUUGCUUCUUCUAUUAUACUUGACGGAGAAAUUCAAAGGAACAAAAAUAUUAUUUUAUCAAAUUAUAUCAUCUUAUUAUACAGGACAAUAUUUUGGAAGAUACGGAAUCUUUCUUUUCUGAUUUUAAAGAUUGUGAGGAUCAAACACGCACAGAUUUUAUCUCAUUAAAGAAUAUAAAUAUUUUUCUUCUAGGAAAUAUAACAAAUUAACAUUGUAAACGAUAUAUAUUUAAGCACUUAAUGUACGAAUUUUUUAUUGUUUGCUCGAUUUUAGAGAAAAAAAAAGAAACAUUAAAAUAAAUAUACUAGUAUUUCAAUAGUAGAUAUGUAUAAAAAACAAAUUAAAUGUACAUAUAAAUGCUUGUAUAAGUUAUAUGUAAAGGACUUGGAAUAAACUUACAUUAGAUGUAGAAUAUGAAA